ACCUGGCACGUGCACGAUGUAAUGUUGCUUGCAAACACUACAAGAUAAUUCGCUAAAAUGACCAAGAAAAAGAGUAAAGUAAUUCGUUCCAUGAAAGCUAAACAGAGCGAGGGACAAGAGGAAGACUACAGAAAAGCCCCACAUUCUUUUGUGUUUCACAGAGGUCAUGUCGGUAAAAAUAUUCUUCAACUUAUCAAAGACAUGCGCCAUGUGAUGGAGCCCUACACAGCCUCACGACUUCAGGUCAGAAAGAAGAAUGUGUUAAAAGACUUUGUCAGUAUAGCUGGUGAUUUAGGAGUGUCACAUUUUUUAAUAUAUACAAAAUCAGAGAUAAAUGUUCACCUUCGAGUGUGUCGAUUAUCAAGGGGACCAACAUUAACUUUCAGAGUGAAAGAAUACACACUGUGUAAAGAUGUUGUGUCUUCCCUGAAAAAGCCAAAUGUGGACCCCAAACAGUUCAAUCACCAUCCAUUAUUAGUGAUGAACAAUUUUAGUGGAGAAGAAAUGCACCUGAAGUUGAUGUCCACAAUGUUUCAGAACAUGUUCCCUUCAAUAAACAUUAACAAGGUAAAUUUGAAUAACAUAAAGAGAUGUGUGAUGUUGAAUUACAACAGUGAAGAUAAAACAAUUGACUUCAGACACUAUAAUGUGAAGGUUGUACCAGUGGGGCUCAGUAAAGGGGUCAAGAAGUUAAUUAAAGCAGAAGUUCCCGACCUUAGUCGCUACAAUGAUGUCUGUGAUUUUAUAACAAAGGGAGGUAACCUGUCAGAGAGUGAAGCAGAACUAGAUGGAGAACAUAAUGAAGUGGUCUUACCGCAAGACAUCAGAAGUAGGGGCAACAUUAAAGCUGCUAAAAGUGCCAUCAGAUUGACAGAGAUUGGUCCCCGUAUGACGUUACAGCUGCUGAAGAUAGAGGAUGGCGUGUGUCAGGGGGAAGUCAUGUUCCACAAACUGGUCAUCAAAUCUGAAAAAGACCUCAAGGAUCUAAAAGCUCUGAGGGAUUCCAAGAGGAAGUUGAAAGAAUUACGCAAGAAACAACAAGCUGAGAAUGUCGAAAAGAAGAAACUUAAGACUGAGGAACACAAACAAAAAUCUCUGGAGGGAAUGAAGAGGAGGAGAGGGGAGGAGGAUGUAGAGGAGUCAGAGCUGGGAGUUGAUUCAGAUGAUGAUGAUGAGGUUGAAGAAGAUGAUGAUGAUGCAGCAUACUAUGAACAGGAAGUUGGGGAAGCCCCUGAUCCAG